AGUAAGGUCAGAGGUCGCUCGAAAAUGUUUAUGCAAAUGCCGGUUAUUAUUACUGGAGACAUCGGCGUGGUGAGAAAUAUAAUAUUGAGGGGUUACCGCAUCGCAAAACGCCUGGAAAGACGGCUGUAUCACGUUGCCAACUUAGCAAUACAACCAACUCGGGUUCUGUCCCGGACCACCGGUGUCUUUCUUCAUCAUGACCGCGAAAUAAGUCAUUCUGCGUCAUCGCGACUGGGCAGUCCAAGAGCAUCAGCAAUAAGGGCCAGCCGUAAGCGCGCAUUAAGCAGUUCUCCGUACUCAGAUCGGUUUGACAUUGACAGCAUGAUCCGAUUUAGCCCGAACAGCUUGGCGUCGAUCGUCAACGGAUCGAGAAGUAGCAGCGCCAGCGGCAGUUACGGACACCUUUCAGCCGCAAUGAGUCCAGCUUUAAGCAUGCACCCAGGAAUGCCGCCGCAUCUCCAACAAUUGCAAGCACACCUUCUCCGAAACGCAGCGGUGGCAGCUCUGAUGCCUCACUCUCUCCAACCACCGGCGCCACCACCACCCCAUCCGCACAGCCACCCUCAUUCCCACGGACUGACGCCUCACAACCAGCUCUUCGUUCCACCACACUCGAGCGCGACGACCACCGUGGGGCCUCACCAUGGUGUCCUGCCCUCAAAAACAGAGGGUACGGAGUCCUGCAGAAAAGGAUCAGACGCAUCAACAAGAUCGAUAGCAGCUGAAGCAGAUACAUCAUCAAGAAGACAAACGAAGGUGAAGCGGGAACCAGCGACGACAACGACGGCAACUUCGACGACCCAGCCAGUAAACCACCCCCAGGGGCUGAGUCCCAGCGAGGACUUGAGGGACGAGCCAGGAGAUUUUAUAGAGACGAACUGCCAUUGGCGAGACUGCGGUCUCGAAUUCCCGACUCAAGAUGAUCUCGUAAAGCACAUCAACAAUGACCAUAUUCAUGCAAACAAAAAGAGCUUUGUUUGCGGAUGGGAGGAUUGUUCCAGAGAGGAAAAACCAUUCAAGGCCCAGUACAUGCUUGUCGUUCACAUGCGACGGCAUACAGGUGAAAAGCCCCAUAAGUGCACGUUCGAAGGCUGCUUCAAGGCGUACUCGAGACUCGAGAAUUUAAAGACGCACUUGAGAUCUCAUACCGGUGAAAAACCUUAUACUUGCGAGUAUCCAGGUUGUAGUAAAGCUUUUAGUAAUGCCAGUGAUCGAGCUAAACACCAAAAUAGAACUCAUUCUAAUGAGCACGUGAAAACAGUCCACGGCGCUGAAUUUUACGCGAACAAGAAACACAAGGGCGGAAACGACGGCGGAGGAAGCGACGAAGCGGGAGCUGGAGGCAACAGCCCUAGCAGGAGUGAAGAUUUGCAUCCGAAGACGCCAAGCUUAUCGAGCCCGAGCGUGAAGUCCGAGAGCGAGGCGAACAGUCCUCCUGGAAUGAUCCAGCAGCAAGGCAGUCCGCUGGUUGGCGGAUGCACCGACGAAAUGGCGGGUGUUGGUGGUAUAGCGGUCGACGCGGUGGUUUUCGACGAGCCCUGGAGCGAGGAGCCGGACAAUCUGGACAUCGCGGACCUGCCCGUCCCCCUGCGUGCAAUGGUCGGCGGGAUGGAGACUCAGCAAGCGCCUCCACACUCGCGGAACCGCUUGAAAGGCCGGCUCAAUGUCAAAGCCAUGCCUUCUCUGGCGCCGGGAGUUGGACUUCGCGGUACUCGCCAGAUUUCUCAAGGCAUCGGCGACCUCAACCGCAGAAUCACCGAUCUCAAAAUGGAGACUGGCACCACAAGGCAGACCAGUCUCGCGGAUCUCCAGCUGAGGCUACAGCCCCGCAGCGAGCCCAGACGCGACAGCAAUUGCACCGUCAGUACUUAUUAUGGCAGCAUGAAGUCCACGGAGUUCGGUAGCAGGAGAAGCAGUCAAGCCAGCGCUGUUGGUGCCGUCAGGAUUGGACCUGCCGGUCCUGGUAGCUUCUACGAUCCAAUUAGUCCUGGGACUUCCAGAAGGAGCAGUCUUAUGAGUCAAAUAAGCGCCACUUCCGGGAGAAUUAAUCCUCCUGGGCCGCUUCAGACUCAGUACAACACCAACAAUCUUGUUGUACAAACUCAAAAUAUGUCUUUGCAGGGCGCUCAAAUUCUUGCCAACGAGUGGCCACCAAGCAGCAACUGCCUCCCGCAGCCAUCCGGUGACCGUAGAAUGUCGGAACCAACUCGAGGAUACCAAACCCAGCAAACCUCCCCACCAGUGCCACCUCGCCCCCGAUCCGCCCAACUCCCCGAAUUACAUCCAAACCAAGAAGUAGUCUUAGACGAAGUGGGUGAAGGCGAGAUGGUAGAAAACAAACUCGUAAUCCCGGACGAAAUGGAGCAGUACCUGAACGCAGUGCAAGCCAACGGGCAGAUAAACUUCCGCGGCAGCCCCCUACCAAUCUGCCAAUCUCCAAUAUGCACCAACCACCUCCACUACCCUCGCCAACAAAAUUGCUACAACACCCAGCCAUGCUACCCCCAAUCCCCCCAAAUGCAGCCUCAAGCUCAAAUCCAAAACUGCCAAAAUUACCAGGCACCAUCUCCAGCUUACUCCCACUGUCCUAGUUCCAGAAUGAGCCAAGCUUCAGGCUACUGUCCUCCCCAGAACUACCAGGUCCAAUCCUGCAAUUCUCAAAUGCAACCUAGCCCAGUCAGCCAGGUGAUGUCUCCCGGGUCCCACUACGCAGCCAGCCAAAUGAGCGACCAACCAAUGACAUCUCCAGCAGCCGGAGCUCUGCCUCCUCAGCAUGGAAUGCAGAAUCUCCAGCAAACUCCAGCUCAGAUGACCCGGAACUGCAAUCAGCAGAACCAUCAAGUCUUUUAUCAGUCUUAUGGCUGUCAAGCUCAACAAAUAAUUCCUAACAAUUGUCCAGCUCAGCAGGCUCCUAAUUGUUCUCCAGUGGCGCACUCUCCGGGAUUGGUCCAACCUUGUGGAACUGCUUUGAGGAACUGCCCCCAGAUGUCGCCACAUUGUGGACAAGUUCCGAGUCCUGGACCAAGAAUUAAUUUGCAUAAUAAUCAGUGUCCAAGUCAGCAAGCUCAGAAUCAGUGCAAUCGUGGGAACAAUCAUCUAAUUAAUGAUCUUCAAGUGAGAAAUGUCCUUCCAGUAAAUACUGACCAAAUAAAUGGUCAUGGUCAAAGUCAUGGUCAGGGUCAGGGUCAGGGUCAGGGUCAAUGUCCAGGCGCUACUAAUAUUCAGCUAAAUCAGAAUCAGAAUCAGAGUCAGAAUUCAGUGCAAAAUAAUCUCCAGUGCACUCAAAUAGCACCCAAUUGCGUUCAUCCGGGCGUCGCCCACUCGCCGAGACUUAAUCAUGCAAAUCAGCAGGGUCCCAAGGGCAUCACUUCGCUCUGUGCGAGGCAGAAUAAUUGCCGGGUACAGUCCCAGUGCGGCUGCGAGGCCCAAUCUCAGACUCAGACUACGCAGGCUACUCAGUAUGUAUGCAAUUGUCAGUGGAAUUACGGCGACUGCUUCAAUGGACAUAAUAUGGGAGAGAUCCAGUGCAGGGAUAUCAGCCAGUCCCAGCAAGGCUCCCCGGUCAAACCUCCCCAGGGGAUGAGGCAGGACUCGUAUAGAAGGACUCUUGAGUAUGUUCAGCAGUGCCGCAAUUGGUCAGGGACCCAGGUUCAUGAGACCAGUGUGUCUAGCUCUACUCAUCCGCUGUCGCUGCCACAGCCGCUGCCUGCUAGCACUAAUAUGGUGGUUAAUGAUAUGACUUCUUCGUUGAGCUCUUUGCUGGAGGAAAAUAGAUUCUUGCAGCAGAUGAUUCAGUAA